AGGGGGAGCUCUCGGUCCCACGCUGUUUACUGGACUCGGGUUGAGAGGCUUCUCCCUACUUUUUUUUUUUUUUUAAUAUCUAUAUAUAUAUAUGCAUAUUUAUUUAUUUGUUGCCCGUGUCCCGCUGCGUGGCGGGGUGUUUGCCGCUCCGUUCGCAGGUGGCUCCAUGAACUCCCCCAAGAGCGGCACCGCCGCCGCGCAGCGCCGCGCCGGGGCGGGGGGAGCGGCCGCUAGGUUCGGCCCCGCCGCCGCUGCGGGGGGCGGCCCCGCCCGGGCUCCGGGUGGGCAGGCGUGAGGCGGGCGAAGUUUCUCCGCGGCGCCGGCCCCCUCCGAGGGACUACGGGCAGAGAAGAGCCUGGCCCCGCGGUGCUGGGGGAGCUGACGCCGCCGCCAGCGGAGCAGCCCGGUUUUGGCCAUGAAGAGGAAACAGAAGAGGUUUCUGCAAAUGACGCUGCUCUUCACCGCGGCUCUGAUUUUCCUGCCUGACAUCGGCCUCUGGUCUCUUUACAAGGAGAAGCACCUGGUGAAGCCGCCCGAAGCCGCCGAGCCGCAGACACUUCCACUGGGGCUGGGAGAUGGACAGCUCUUUACCUGGACUGAUGGCCUGAAAAGGAAGGACUGGCAUGAUUAUGAAAGCAUUCAAAAAGAUGCUAUGCGUUCAGGGAAAGGUGAACAUGGGAAACCAUACCCUCUUACAGAGGAAGACCAUGAUGAUUCUGCUUAUAGGGAAAAUGGCUUCAACAUAUUUGUUAGCAACAACAUAGCACUGGAACGGUCCCUGCCAGACAUCCGACAUCCUAACUGUAAGCACAAGGUGUACUUGGAAGCGCUACCAAACACGAGCAUCAUCAUCCCCUUUCAUAAUGAGGGCUGGACCUCGCUCCUGCGCACGAUCCACAGCAUCAUCAACCGCACACCAGACAGCCUGAUCGCAGAGAUCAUCCUGGUGGAUGACUUCAGUGACAGAGAACAUUUAAAAGAGAAGCUGGAGGAGUACAUGCUCCGCUUUGCCAAGGUGAGGAUUGUGCGCACCAAGAAACGAGAAGGGCUCAUCCGGACCCGGCUGCUGGGAGCCUCGCUGGCUAGAGGAGAAGUCUUGACAUUUCUGGAUUCCCACUGUGAAGUCAACGUGAACUGGCUGCCACCCUUGCUUAACCAGAUUGCACUUAACCACAAAACCAUCGUGUGUCCUAUGAUCGAUGUCAUUGACCACAAUCACUUUGGCUACGAGGCGCAGGCGGGGGAUGCCAUGCGAGGAGCUUUUGACUGGGAAAUGUACUACAAACGAAUACCGAUUCCUCCAGAGCUCCAGAGAGCUGAUCCCAGCGACCCCUUUGAGUCUCCUGUGAUGGCUGGAGGUCUAUUUGCUGUUAACCGGAAAUGGUUUUGGGAGCUGGGAGGCUAUGAUCCAGGAUUAGAAAUAUGGGGAGGAGAGCAGUAUGAAAUCUCCUUUAAGGUGUGGAUGUGUGGAGGUGGCAUGUAUGAUGUUCCAUGCUCUCGAGUUGGACAUAUCUACCGAAAGUAUGUCCCAUAUAAAGUCCCUUCUGGAACCAGCCUUGCACGGAACCUGAAGCGAGUGGCUGAGACAUGGAUGGAUGAGUUUGCAGAGUACAUUUACCAGCGACGGCCUGAGUACAGACAUCUCUCCACUGGUGACAUCUCUGCCCAGAAGGAGCUGCGCAAGCACCUGAAGUGUAAAGAUUUCAAGUGGUUCAUGGCUGCAGUGGCUUGGGAUGUCCCCAAAUAUUACCCUCCUGUGGAGCCUCCACCUGCUGCCUGGGGGGAGAUUCGAAACGUGGCAGCCAACCUGUGUGUGGACAGCAAACACGGAGCCACAGGGACUGAGCUAAGGCUGGACAUUUGUGUGAAGGAUGGCUCAGAACGAACAUGGUCACAUGAACAGCUCUUCACCUUUGGUUGGAGAGAAGACAUUCGGCCCGGGGAGCCACUUCACACCAGGAAGUUCUGCUUCGACGCCAUCUCGCACAGUAGCCCUGUCACACUGUAUGACUGUCACGGGAUGAAGGGAAACCAGCACUGGAGCUAUAGGAAGGACAAAACUUUGUUCCAUCCGGUAAGCAGCAGCUGCAUAGAUUGCAACCCAGCUGAGAAGAAGAUUUUCAUGAACAGAUGUGAUCCUUUAUCUGAAACUCAACAGUGGAUUUUUGAACAUACUAAUAUGACUGUUUUAGAAAAAUUUAACAGCAAGGCCAGUUCCUAGAAGGAAAAAAAAAAAAAAAAAGAAAAAAUUGACCACACAUAUUUAUGUACAGACUGCAGACUGCAUUUUCGCCAGCAUCUGGGUCAAAGGAGUCAGGAAUUAAAUUUCCUAGAUCCAGGAAAUCUGUUCUGAGGAUUAAGAAAAUGCCACAGCAAGAGCCAGCAGGCUGUCCUUGUGGAUAUACAGUAUCUGGAGAACUUGGCCAAGAGCCUCACCCGAUGCUGCUGAGAACUUCAGGCUGAAAAUUCCCUUGCUGGUCAAGGGAAAAACUUUGUUUAAAAACUGUUUAAAAGUACUCCAAGUUAAUAAAGUAAAACAAAACUCUAGAGUUUCUCAGGUCAAAUCCUGCUGUAGUGAGUAGCUCAGAACAGAUGCUAUGAUUUGGGAUGGGUUUAUGGUGUGCAUGAUGCCUACAGGAACCUGAAGAAAUCCCAGGUUUUAGAAUUAAACAUGCUGGUAGAAGAAUAAUGAUAUUCCAGCACUCCCUAGACAAGAUAUAUGCUCUGUUGACAUUCUGUUAAUAAAAGGUUGGGUUAAGCAGGUUUAACCCUCAGGACUGCUGCAAUUAAUUUUAAAUACCUCCCUUUUACAUUCCAUUCAUUACCAAAAUAGGAAUGGUCGAAAUCUUAGGGUCUAGAAUUACACUGUAGUGAAGCAUGAAAUGAACUGUAUGGUUUUUCCCUCACAUUUUCCCCCUUCAGGAAAAAUAAACUAAAGCAAUCAAAUUUCUAUAUAUAAUAUAUUUAGCAAUUGUGAUUCAAAUCCCAUUCUCACACAAGGUGAGAUUUUUUUUUUUUAGUGAAAAAUAUAACAACAGCAGCUGCAGCAUAAUGUAAGGCUUGUGGUCUGUCUUUUUUAAAGAUAGAAUCUUUACCAACAUAUAAAUUAAAUUGAAAAUAGGCUGGGGGAAAAAAUCAGGAGGAGAGUGGGAAAUGAUUGCAUACUGCAUGCUGAACUAGGUUAGUGAAAUUAAUACUGGUAUGCUGCCAUCACCUAAAAGCAUGUUGGCUCCCUGCAGUGCAGCUUAAAAGAUCUUGCAGUGCUCUUGACACAGAGGAGUGGAGAGAAAAAUUGACAAGAAAUCAUUUGGGUGGUUUCGGAGUUUUUGAAAUCUUUGAUGGAAAUCAUGUUAACUUUCUACAGUGAGCAAGUGAAUGGUAUUGUAGAUGUCAUGAGGGAGGAAACAAGAAGUGCAAGCAAGUCACACAUUACAAUAUUUUGGUAUCGGGGUAACACAGACUUCCAUCACACUGAUGGGUCCCUCAGACCUAUCAAGCUGUUGGAGAGAGAGGCCUCUAAAACAUUUUAGGAAGGAUAUCUAUGGUUCUUCUCAGUUCAUACUGAUGUGUGGAAUGUGACUGAUAACUUUGAGACUGUUCAAGGUAAGAGUGAGUAUAAAUUUAUAUCAAUUAAAUAUGUGGCUUUUGCUUGAAAGAUUAAUUUCCAGAUGAAAGCACCAUAAAUGCAGAUAGAUCACGUCCUCUGUGCUGUAACUCCUUUCAGGUUCCAAAAAUAACAUUUGUAAUUAAGUUGCUUAUUUUGAUUGCUGACGAGGUGGCUGACUAACCAAAAUACUGAUGUGCAAUCUACCCUGUUUUAAGGGAGUGCAGUGACUGUGUUUUGUUUAUUUCUCCUUAAGCUGUGUUUAUGCACAAAGAGUAUUGAUUGCAUCCAGAGGAUGGUUCUGGUACCAGUGUGCUAUUUUAUGGCAGCAUCUUGUAGUUGCAGGUCAUAUGAAGGUUUUAGGAGGGGAAUGAGGUCCUGUAGCAUUCAGGAUGUGUGCACUUGGGAAAUUGUGAAAUUUCCAAUAUAUUAAGCAAUUGCUGCAAGUUAUUGAAGAGAUCUUUCAAAUAAUUUAAAGGGAUGUGUUCACAGAGUUGUCAUUUUAUGAUUUUAAAAUAAGUGAGCUUGUUUAGGUAUUGUUUACAUUUAAUUUGAAGAUAUGGUGUGCUCAGGAACAGAAGAAUCAAGUUUCUGGUAUGAGGAUACUUCAGUUUUGUUUGGCUGUCAGUACAUAGAACCAUCCUAGUCUCUGCAGACUCUCAGCUUUCCCAGGUGCAGUGCUCGCAGCAUCAUUUAUUUGCAGCCUUAUCAUGAGGAAAAAGGGUCUGGAAAAAGAAGAAAAUGGCUGCCUCAAAUAUAAAUGCAGCCCUCAAGCUGCUGAUUGUAACUGGCCCCAAAAUGUCAGUCCUGGAAGCAACACUCUAUGCCCAAAAUAGAGAGGCAAAGGAGGAUUGCUAAACCAGAACAGAUUGGUAGGGUUAUAUCGUUCAGUGUCUGACUGCAUCUCAAUGGUCUGGUUUUGAGAUGUCUGAUGGGAAAUAGGUUGCUAUUAGGGCAGAGAAAAUCUAUGCCUUUUACAGCCUUUGUUGAGUCAUAUUGCACAGCACCUUACACUGCCAAGGGAAGCCUUCCACUUACUUGUAGCUGAUCACAAAUUGUAAACUCUAGCAGUCUUUGUCAGAAAGCAAUCCAUAUGACUGCUAGUCAGUUGUAGAGAAAGAGAACAGUCCUUGCACAGGACUCCUUCAAGAAAAGUUUUAUUAAUAAUAAAUGAUCAUCACUACCUUUCACUUCAAGUCUGUCUUGGGUGUUCACCAAAGGUUUCCACUGAUCACAGCAUUUCAUUAUUGAUUUACCAUUCAGAAUUUCUUUAAUUCUUCCUGCAACCAUAUCUUUUGCACCUUGUAAACUUAUGAUCAAUUUGGUAGGUUGGAGAGAUGUAUCUUCCUCUGAUAUAUCUCCAGGAGAAUUUAAUUCUGACACGUUUUUUCAAAAUACUAUAAAAUUUCUUCACAGAUUUCUUUUUCUAAUACCAUGUAGUUCUGAACAUAUUUUAAAUGUAGUGCACAGGUAGAAUUAAGUAAUGUGGGCUCAUAAUUUCAGUGGAGCUAUACUUAUUUCUCCAACUAAUUACUUGCUUCAGGUUUUUUUUCAAUUUAUUAUUUAGUGGCUUUAAUCAAGAUGUGAAAAGAAGAUCUUUGUAUCUUUAAGAGUUCGUCAGCAUCUACCCUAAAUGUUUUCCAUUUAAGGUUAACUGGCCUUUUCUUUUGCGGCCAACAAACUACUAUAACUGGAGAGAGCAACUGGAAAAACUGAAAUAAACUCCAAGUGCAACUAAAACUCUAAAAUAGCAUAUCUUUUCCUGCAUAUAUUCCAGAAUCUAAGCUCAACAGAGGCCUUGGGGGACAGGGCUCAAAGGAGAGAGGAGGAGCUGGGAAACAAAGCCUAUCAUGUGUGGAUAGUAGCCUUGUUGCAGAGACAUCACAAGAUUUCGCUUUCAUUGGCCACAGUCUUAUUUCAGAAAAAAAAGAGAUUGCUUUAGAACAAAUGUUUCUGCAGCAAUAUGGAUAUUUUAAUGGUAUCAUGCAUUAUUCCUGAGUGUGAUCCAUUUAUGAAUGAACGGUCUCUAGCUGCUCAACUAAGUCUGCCUCAUGAUAAAGAUAGACUAAGCUUGAAAGGAGGCUGACAAGCACUUAACAACCUUUGAUUACUGGCAAUUUACCAGGCAUCAAUGUCUUCUCCAGUGACCUUAGUGAAAUCUUAUGCCACACAGAAGAAACAUGUAUAAAUAGCUUGACCAAAUUGAUUAGAUAGGUGGCACUUCUGCAGGAGUGAAUGUUACCUUUGUUUAAAAAAAUAGUCAUAAUCACAGUUCAUUUGCAUUUUUACUGAUAACUUCUGCAAGGGACUGAGUGAGGGAGAGUCUUUUAGCCUACCUGGAUGGAUUGGAGAUGGAGCAUUUUAGGAAGGCAGUACUGGCAUGCUUUCAGUGUGACUGACCAGGGGUGCAUCUGUUUACUAUUUAAAGAGCAUCUGUAAUGCUGAUAACCCAGUGCAUUUCAAGAGAACACAGCAUGUAUGUUAAGAAACAGGAGUAUAAUAAUGGUUUUAUUUUUCUUUUUUAAUCCAACAAGGUUGUUAGGGAAAUAAUUUCAAAGCCCUUGAAAACAACACAAGGUGUUCAGGAGUAACAUUUUUAUAGCUAGUACUACUAGUAUUAUAAUGUUCAUUUAUUCCUUUUUUUAACCCCCUCCUAAAUAUGCUCCAUAUUCUCUUAAAAAAAGUACAGGGAUCCAAGAGUGCUUUUACAUAACAUUUUUAGGAUCUUGCCCUUUUUGAAAGUUUUGAAAAGCCUUUAAAAAUUAUGAAAUGUAAACUACAAGGUAACAUAAAAACAUAAAAAGAAAAAAUACCUAUUAUGUCUAGUGUACCAAGAGACUUUGCUAAAUGUUUGCUAAGAUAGUAUCUUUCGACUGGAAAAUUUUAGAUGAAUAAGUAAUAGUUAUUAAAUCUUUAGUGUGUGUAGUACUUUCUAUUUAAGAUUUUUAAUUUAAAAAAACUGUAGUGAAUUUGUGUGAUUAGUUGCUGACAGGUUUUUUUUUAACCACAUGUAAUACACAAAUCUGUUCUUACAUCUCCUGAAAUAUUUCUCUCCUCUUUCCUUCUUACAAUUCUGAAUGGACUGGAUUUAAGAAAAUCUGAUCAUAUAAAAAAAAUCUCUAAAAGAUAAGAAACAUAUGUAAAAACAAAUAAUGAGAAAGUUUAGCUAGAGAAAUUCAGAGAAAUGCAUCACAUUUCCAAAGCUUCAGCAGCAUUCAGAAAACACAUUUUCUCUGUGAAGUGGUUUUCUGUUCUUUCAGUGUAUCAUUAAUAUCAGUGGUACUACUCCUGGGACAGGACUUCUGAAACUGGUGUUACUGCAUUUGGACAGCGUGGUGCCACAGGAGAAAAAAAUCUAGGAAGAGCUUCUGAAAAAAAUUGCAUUCAAACAUUGCAAUCUGGUAUGCCUUAAGAUUUUCCUUGUUUCUAAGGUUUCUUUUAUCUUAGUAUUUUUUUCUUUUUUACAGGACCUGGCAGUGCAGUAGGUCCUUCAGUGGGCCUUAAAGACACAAUGCAAACAACAGGAGAGCAAAGAGUACAUGGGUUAAAACAAUAAUAAUUUGUGGUUACCUAAAGGUGUAUUUACCACACCACUGUCCAGUAGGUAAAUUAUACACAAAGAGGAAUUUGUGUAUUUUGUGCAGCCACUUUGGUUGGUGCUUCAGAGAAUAGAUGAAUGAGAAGGAGCCUUGCAAAAUGGGACAGCAGACAAGCUUAUACUCAGCAAAAGAUGUAGGAAAACUCAGAAUGAUCCAUUUCAGAGAAGCAGAUGAGAUAUAUAUAGAUAUAGAUAUAGAUAUAGGUAUAGAUAUAGAUAUAGAUAUAGAUAUAGAUAUAGAUAUAGAUAUAGAUAUAGAUAUAGAUAUAGAUAUAGAUAUAGAUAGAUAUAUAUAGAUAUAUAAUGGUCAGUGUACAGAAUGUGAGGGGAGCUGCAGUGACGCAAGUCUGGUGAGUGGUACUAUCUUAAAGAUACUAAGACAGAGGAAAGGAAAACUUGGUCCUCAUUAACCUUAGUCCUCAUUAAUCUCAGCAGGAUCCCUAACACUGUGAAAGUAGUAGUUGAUUUAAUUAAGUUAAUCCUUGAUCUCCCCACUAAAUGACUCAACCUGGAAAGAACCACAGUCCAAGCAAAUUUCUUCUGAUCACUCUGGAGCAUCUAAUCAGCAAAAGAUAGCACUAGGCACAGUUUAGACAAAAACCUCAAUUGGCACCAGAACUAAAACAAUAUUAUCGACCCAAAAGAUCUGUAGGCCUCUGGUAUCCCUCUGUGAAAAAAAAAAAAAAAUAUUUCCCUUGCCUAAAGAAGUGAUUGAUGGUAAUGAUCCUAGAUUAAGAAGAUCAAGAAUUGUGAGCUUUCAAGGAGGUGAAAGGCCAAAUGGUGAGAUUAGGAGAUGGCAGUUUAAUUGAGAAAGGAAGGAGGAAAUAAGUGGUAAAAGGGAAAAAUUAGGAAUCAGAUUUGAUUCUGUAUAUGAAGGAAAUGUGACCUACAAGGGUCAGCCACUGAUAGUUUUGGAUACCUCUUCAUAGUGGGGCUUGCAUUUUUAUUUCCAUCACAAGUAUUUGGGAACUGAGAGGCAAUCAAGCCCUUUUGCAAGGACCUAAAUUUAGAAUAAGGAGAACUGCCUGGUGUGAAAUGUAUUGAUUUUGAAAUAACACGAUCACAACAGAGAAAAGCUUUGGUGGACCCUGAGUUUGUUCUGAGUUUUCCACUAAAGGUAUGUGUGUGUGUUCCUGAGGCUGCUUUUUAGAUAGUAUGUAGAAGCAGAACAUUAUACCACUUUUUUACCUCAGUUUAAUAUUUGUCUCUAUCUCAGGCUUUUUUGAAAGAAGAAAAGUGUUUAACUAAAUUUUCCUAGGAAAUGUCAACUUGGAUCAGUAUGAAGUAGCUCUGCCUACUCCCUUUGUGGAUCAAGAUAACAAGUGUUUCUCUUCAGAUAUCACAUACAGCUCUUAAAGAAAAGAAUAUUGGGGCUCUGCCUUCAUGGCUCCUUGUAGCAUUCACCUCUUUUGUGUGUUUCAGUUAUUUCAUGAUUUUUUUUUUUUUUUCUAUUUUGUGUUUCUUCCCUUCUGCUGACUCGAUAUCUGCCAGAAUCCUGGUCUUUUUUCUUCCUACCUUUCUGGUCUGUGCCAAAGGUGUUUCAGCUGUUGCAGAUCCCUUCCUCAAGAUAAGAGUGACUAUAACUGUUUUGAUCUUGACUUGGCAGACCCUCAAGCCCUUCUGCCUCAGGGUACCUGGCUUGUUCUAGCAGAGGGAUGGGGAGGAGAAAGGCACCUGAGAAAGGCACGACAGAAGUUCUGUCGUCAUGGGCCAGUCUCACUACAGAUUUUGUCCAUGUAAGAGUUAUAGCUCAUAGACAAACAUCUUUGAGGGAAAAGAAAUUGCAUUGGUGAUCUACUUUCUCAUCCAUUUUCAAAAUUGAGUGCUGACCAGAGUGGGGAGUAUGUAAUAGCAGGAAGCAUUUUAUUCAGUGGAUAUACUUUAUACAAACAUUUAGAAGCAGCUGAACUUCUUGACUUCAAGUUUUUAACCUUUGAUUAUCCCUAUUGAGCUAAUUUGGAUACAAGAAACUGAGUAGAAUUAUUUUUAAAAGUGGGGUUUUUUUAUGAGCCACCAAGGGGUUAUAACAACUUUAGCUGAAGGCAUUAUUCCAAAUCUGAAGUGGAUGUGUAAUCUGUGAUGCACUGAUGAGUGCAUGAUACAGGUUAACCUCUAGUCAAGCUGCAGAGAGUCAGAGGGGCUUUAUUUACAAAAAGAGAGAGAUUGUCCAAUGUGCAGCAGCCCUUUGCUUACAGAUGUACAGGGCUCUAGUUUAUUCCCCAGCAUGUCAGGAAAAUCAAUAUCUAUAAUGAUUCCCAUUAUCAAAGCAACAAUUGCAGAGAUGGCAGUAAAACAUCACCUUUUUCUUUCUACUAGAAGAGAAUCCUUUCACUGGUUUCCUGCAUAUCUUUAUGCACCACCACAGCUUAUUUGCAACACGAACAUAUGGAUUAAAGUUAUACCCUGUGCUUUCAUUAAACAAGUUUCUAGGAAACCAGAGUACCAGUGUAAAGGCUGUACAAAUGCACUGUCCAAAGCAUUGUCAGCCAAGGAAUGGGAAUUUCAUACAAAA